AUGCUGAAGUUUGCGCAGUUCGGCGCUGCACAUGACGAGGUCCCUGGAGCCGAAGAUGGAAUCGACAGAGCUCAGCUGAGAACCAGCUACGAGGAAGCGUUGAAAUCCAUCUCCGAGGGCAAGGCACUGGAAGCGAAGCGACGCCUGAAGCUCCUCCUUGCUGUUGACAGCAGCUGCGCUCGUGAUCGAUUCUGGAUUCGUAGCUUUAAAGCUCUAUGCUGGCAAAAUCUGGCCGAAGCUGAAGAACAGCUCGGGCAGCACAAGAAGGCGCUGGCAAGCCUACAACAUGCCGUGAGAUACGUCACGAAGGAGCAUCGCUCUGCAGAUGAACGAAUGCCAUUGCUGCGACGCUUGGCAGACUGCGCGAUGAAGGCCGAAGACUGGCCGGCGGCCACAGAGGCCUUGUGCCGAUGUCUUCGUCUGGAGCCUGCUGAUACUGUGUCUUUGAGAAAACUUGCCCAAUCGCUCUUGCGAUCUGGUGACAUGGAGAGGUGUCGGGACGUCCUUGCCCGAUUGAAGAACAGCGAGGGCGUCUCGGAGGAGGAGGAGUGGCUUCUAACUCGGCUGAAGCGGCGGUUUCAGCAACCCUGGUACCAGUGCAGAGGAGAUUCGUCCAAAGAGGCAGACUUCGUGUCUCUCAACGCUGCGCGGGCCAAGCGGCGGAAGACUGCUCGCCAAGCUCGUGAGAUUCCACCCAAGGAGCAGCAGCUGAUGCGGCUGUCACUGGUGGAGCUGAUGCAGACCCUGCGAUCCAUGGUCAUGAGUUCUGUUCCACCGUUUCAGCCUGUGGUCUUCGUUCUCCGUGGAGCGAAAGAGGACAACCAGCAGGAAGAAUCGCUGCAGCCUCUGCAUCUCGAGGAAACGGUGCACAGAACUGCGAUGACCGGUGCUGUUCUGGAUUCGCUGCGGUCCUUGAUGGUGGAUCCCUGGCCUCUCAGUGGCUCUGCAGUUCAGUGGCUGUUGCACAUCAUUGCCAGUGAAGACGCAUCUCCUGCAACUUUCGAGGAGGAGAGUCGGGUUGUGGCAAGCUUCCUGGCCCUUGACGAGAACGGUAGCAGGAGCAGAUGCCAGAGCCUCCGAACGUGGUUGUUCGAUGUGGUGCGAUUCACAUCCGAGCGUGGACGCGAGCGCUUGCGCGUGUCCGUGGAUAAAUGCAAGCUCACGGCUUUGCAGGUGGAACUGCUCGGCGGAGCAGUUCUGCUUUCGCAGCCUCUACUUCACUCGGAUGUUGAAACCCACUCAGGUGUCCGUGCAUUCUGGGCCAGCAGCACCUUUCUGGCUUGGAUCGAUCAAGCUGCAGGAGAAGAUCCUGAACCACGCCUUGUGCUGCGCAGUUUCGUUCAAGAAUUUGGUUUGUCUCUGGCUGAAUCGUGUGUUGCUGCCAGCGCUGGCAUGCCCUGGAUGCAGCAACCGGCGCUCAGCCUGUUGC